UGAAACAUCGCUAUGUUAUCGCGAGAACAGUGCGUUGUUAUUGCUUCAGAAAGCAUAGUAAACACUUAGCCGGGCUGUCUACAUAUCUGCAGUCUUCUUGAACUUCUGGACUGCGAUGGAGGUUUUAGGAGCCCUAGAUGAAGCAGAAAGACCCCGCCAUUGUCCCUUCUUAAUAGGGGUCAGUGGAGGAACAGCUAGCGGCAAGUCGACAGUGUGCGCCAAGAUCAUGGAGCUGCUGGGCCAGAACAAGGUGGACCACCGCCAGAGGAAGGUGGCCAUCAUCAGCCAGGACAGCUUCUACAGAGUGCUGACGGCAGAGCAGAAGGGCAAAGCGUUGAAGGGCCAGUACAACUUUGAUCAUCCAGAAGCUUUUGAUACCGACUUAAUGUACCAAACCUUGACGGACAUCGCAGCUGGAAAAGUGGUUGAGGUGCCAACGUAUGACUUCGUAACUCAUUCCAGAUUGGAAGACAGGAUCAAAGUUUACCCGGCAGACGUGGUCCUCUUUGAGGGGAUCCUCGUCUUCUACCCACAGAAAGUGCGUGAUAUGUUUCACAUGAAGCUUUUCGUGGACACAGAUUCAGACGUCAGACUGUCUCGCAGAGUUUUGCGAGACAUGACCAGAGGGAGGGAUCUGGAACAGAUUCUCAUGCAGUACACAACAUUUGUCAAGCCUGCCUUUGAAGAGUUUUGUUUGCCUACAAAGAAAUAUGCAGAUGUCAUCAUUCCACGGGGCGUUGACAACAUGGUGGCCAUCAACCUCAUCGUGCAGCACAUCCAAGACAUCCUGAACGGCGAGCUCUGCAAAUGGCAGCGAGCCUCUGCCACCGGCUACACACGGGCCUUCAAAAGGGCCAUAUCUGAGCCGGGGGACCUGGAGAACGGAGUCGCCAAUCCUGCGGGGAAGAGAGUCCUGCUGGAGCCCAGCUGCCGGCCCCACUGAGACCUCACUGGAGUACGGAUGUUUCCAGACUGUGGACAAGAGCUUCGAGAUAGGAUUGCUGCUACUGAUUUGUGCACGAUGGGUCACACUCUCUCUGCAGAGUUUUUAAAAAGAAUACCCACAAUCCCACGGUGCACACAUACAGUGCUGCAACCACUCCAAGAUUUCAUUGUAAUUAAUGCUGCAUAACCAAUAUGCUCCAAUAUGCUUCUAGAUGAUGCUUUCACAUGUAGCAGUCUUCCAUGAUAAUGUGUUCAGUGUUGGCUGUGGUCCAGAGGAUCAGUUACUGAGGGGGGAGAGCUGCAACUAAAGACUAUUUUAAAUAUCGAUUUAUCUGCAGAUUAUUUUAUAUAUUUAAUCUAUAAAAUGUCAGAAAAUAGUGAAAAAAUGUCCCUUCCAGUUUUUAUAAAUCCAAGUUAUAUCUUUAAAGGUCUUCUUUUGUCAGUUUAAAGCCCAAAGAUAUUUACUUUAAUAUGAUAGACAAAAGUAGGACAUAUCACCAACGAAUUUUAGCAUAAGAAGGUCCGAAACAAAUAUCACAGAAGUUGCAGAUUAUUUUUCUGAUGGGUUAGUCGUCUCAAAGUUGCAGCUCUGGUAGGAAGAGUUUUUGAAUAUUUAAUUUCCGUUAUGUUUGCACACUUUGAUGUCUUUAUUUAUAUCAGCUUUUUUGUUGCUCAAUUUCAGAGUGUAUUUAAAUGAUAUUCACAAUAACCGGUUAUCCUGCUGUUUCCCUAUUUGUUUUAAUUUAUUUAAAUCAAAAUCAUAGUAGCGUUAAACUGAGUGCUUCCUGUCAAUUCCUCACAGUUGAAUACAAGCCUUAAUUUUUUUUAAAGUUCAUUUUGCACUGCCCACUCUUUACAACAAUAAAUGGAAAAGUGUAAGUCCUUUUGAA